AUGUCCCUGUCCCCACCGAACAAAGUCCCUUGCUCCGAGCAUCAAGCGACGGAGACGUUUGCCUUUGUUGGAGAAUGUCUCGAAACGGCCGAAAGCAGGGUGGGUCAUCAUGUACCCGCGCGUCGAUGA